AUGUUCAUCUCUCGAUCCGCUCUCCGGGCGGUUGCGGCGCCGCUGCGGGCGCAGAGACACGUGCCGGCACUGCGCUACCUCCGCACGACAUCGGGACCGACGCCGCCACCGUCAGCCGCCUCGCAGACCCCCAAUCCCGCAUCGCCUGACCCCUCCCAGCCUACCGCCGAACCUCCUCGCGAGACUCAGACGGGCAAGACGCCCUCGGGCGAGUCAUUGCCGCCCUUGAGCGCAGGCAAGCCCGUCGAGACGCCCUCUGCACCGGGCGGAUCCUCGCCUGACCCGACGCCUUCGUCUGCCGCCGCCUCUCCCGCAUUCCAGGUCCCUCCCGUCGAUGCCCUCUCGACCCGCCAGAACUCGAUCGCCGAAGCGUUCCUCGACUUGCAUCCCGAUGUCGCACCGCGGUCAGAGGAGGAGAUGCGAGGGAACCAGUUCCCGGGCGAGAAGACGGGCGCAAAGGCGCGCGGAGCUGGAAAGUCGUCGAUCGAGAAGAAGCGAGCGAACCUCGCGAGGGCUGCAGGUGUCAUGACUGUUGCAGGGUUGGUGUGGGCGGUGUACGAUCUCGGAAAGGACUGGGCGGACGAGGAGGAGCAGAAGAAGAUGUUCGCUCGGAGUGACGACAAGCAGGCGAUUGAGGAGGCGCAGGAGGGCGGAUGGUUGGGCUGGUGGGGACGGUUGAAGAUCCGUGCGGCGGACCACCUUGACUACCUCAACAAGCCCGCAUGGGAUCCCCUCCUUCCUCCUCCUCUCCCUGAGCCCCACUACCGCCCUUACACCCUCGUUAUCGACCUCGAAGACAUGCUGACCCACGACAACUGGGAUCUCGAGCACGGUUGGCGAACGGCCAAGCGACCUGGAGCCGACUACUUCCUCGCCUACAUGUCGCAGUUCUACGAGAUCGUCCUCUUCACCACCCUUCCUUCCUACCUCGCCCUUCCCGUCAUCGAGCAACUCGACCCUUACGGCGCCUACAUCCCGUGGAAGCUCUUCAAGGAGGCGACUCGGUACAAGAACGGCAUGAACAUCAAGGACCUCUCUUACCUCAACCGCCCUCUCGAGCGCACCAUCAUUCUCGACACCGAUCCCGCGCGUUUCCAGCUCCAGCCGACGAACGGUAUCCCGAUGAAGCCGUGGAUGGGCACCAAGGGCGAUGCGACGGCGAACGAGCUCGUCGCGAUGAUUCCGUUCCUCGAGGCGAUCGCGAUCAAGCAGGUCAAGGACGUCAGGCCCAUUAUCAAGCACUACGAGGGCAAGCACAUCCCGACUGCGUACAUGGAGGCUGAGGCCAAGACCAAGAAGGAGCUGCUCGAGAAGUGGGAGCAGCAGAAGAAGGACACGAGCGUCAAGGGUUGGAUGAGCCGCAUGUUCGGCGGCCUGAUUUCGACCACGAUGAGCGACGCGCCGCCCGAGACCGACAUCGAAAAGAUGCGCAAGACGGCCCAGAAGCUCUACCAGGACGAGCAGAAGUACUGGAAGGACAACGCCGAGAUCAUCCAGAAGCAGAUCGAGGAAGACAAGCAGCGCCAGCUCAAGGAGAUGUCCACCUCGCUCGUCGGCGUCAUGGGCUUCAAGCCCCCUCCUACAGCCGCUCCUGCACAAUAA